AUGGAUGAUGACAACGACACAGCUCUCAGCUCCCCAAUAUAUGCCCGCAGUGUGGUUGAAAACACCAUUCUGGUGAAGAUGUAUGCCGAGCUCGCCAGCGCAGGUGCCGAUAUGGAUUUUCCUAAUAAUGACGGGAGAACCCCAAUCAUGAAGACGGUCAGGGCGAAUAAGCCUGAGAUGUUCAGGGCCCUGUGGCUGAAUGGCGCAGGUGUCGACCUGAUUGACUUGCAUGGCCAAUCUGUUCUCCACCUGGCGGGGAUGUACUCCAACCUUGAGAUCAUCGUAGAGCUGCAGAUGGUGGAAAUAUGCAUCAACCCGAAUCUGAAGGAUGACCAGGGUCAAACAGCAGUGGAUUAUUUUUGCGAACGUACCAAUACACCGAGGCGCUCUGAAGGGAGAUUGACCGAGCAGGAGAUUUUAGAUUUUGAAGCACUCAUCGAGAAGACAGCGAGCUAUGACGAGUGGAUUGGGAGCAAGCAAGUCUAA